UUUAGUGCGAUCACCUCAGUUCAGCCCGAGACUCCCACAGACGCGCGUCUCUCCCCGGACUCUCCGCGACGCAUGUGGAUUUACAAAGCACAUUUCUCAACAGGAUUAUAAACUCAUUUACAACUUGUCAGGCAGACUUGAUGUGCGCGUUCUUCGUAAGGAAUAAGGUGGUUUCUUUACAUCGUGAGGAAUGGGAUUAACGAGAUCGAAGAAAAGUUGGGAUUUGUAGGUCUAGUAAAAUGGAGAGAUAAAGCUCGCCUACAGAGAUCACGAAGGCAGACGCAGCGGUAAUUCACAGCGAGUGGAAAUGCACAGAGCCUGGGUUCUCCUCAUUGUAAUAGAAGAGGGAUUUGCCCUGGCGCAGAAAAUUAAAGAGACGCAGAAUGCGGGCGAAUCUCUAUCAAACGCUGAGCAGUGCGGCCAGUGGACCCGGAAUAUCAAUGGAGGGCUGUUUACAUCUCCUAACUAUCCUAACUCCUAUCCACCCAACAAGGAGUGUGUGUACAUCCUGGAAGCUCUCCCUCGGCAAAGAAUUCAGCUGGCCUUUGACAAAACAUACUAUAUCGAGCCGUCCUUCGAGUGCCGCUUCGACCACAUUGAGAUAAGGGAUGGUCCCUUUGGUUUCUCCCCUAUUAUUGAUCGCUUCUGUGGGCCAAAGAGUCCUGGUGUGGUCACCUCCACGGGCCGCUUCAUGUGGAUCAAAUUCAUCAGUGACGAGGAGCUCGAAGGCUUAGGCUUCCGUGUCAAAUACACUUUUAUAGCAGACCCAGAUUUUCAUUUGCACGUUGGUGGAUUGUUAAAUCCAAUUCCAGAUUGCCAGUUUGAGAUCAGUGGUUCAGACGGAGUCAUCCGCUCCAGUCAGGUGGACGAAGAGGAUAAGAUAAAAAAUGGAGACGCGUUGGACUGCAUCUGGACCAUCCGUGCCCUUCCUCAGUCCAAGAUAUACCUUCGCUUCCUUGAGUACCAGAUGGAGCACUCAAACGAGUGCAAGAAGAACUUUGUGGCUGUGUAUGAUGGCAGCAGCGCCAUUGAGAACCUGAAAGCCAAGUUCUGCAGCACGGUGGCCAAUGACGUGAUGCUGGAUACUGGCGUGGGCGUCGUGCGCAUGUGGGCCGAUGAGAGCAGCAGACUCAGCCGUUUCCGCAUGCUCUUCACCUCAUUUGUGGAUCCUCCCUGCUCCAGCAGCACCUUUUUCUGUCACAGCAACAUGUGCAUCAACAACUCACUGGUGUGCAACGGCGUUCAGAACUGCGUCUACCCCUGGGAUGAGAACCACUGCAAGGAGAGCAAGUCCAAGGGACUCUUUCACCAAAUCACCAAGACGCAUGGCACGGUUAUCGGCAUCUCCGCUGGCGUGGUUCUGGUCUUGCUCAUCAUCUCCAUCCUGGUGCAAAUGAAGCAACCCCGUAAGAAGGUAGUGGCCCGUCGGCCGGCGGUCUUCAACAAAGGCGGCUUCCAAGAAGUCUUCGAUCCCCCCAACUAUGAGCUGUUUUCCCUCCGCGACAAGGAGCUGUCGACAGACCUGGCCGAGCUGUCGGAUGAGCUGGACGGCUACCAUAAGCUGCGGCGCUCCUCCACCAUGUCCCGAUGCAUCCACGAGCACCACUGUGGUACGCAGGCCCCCUCGGGCGGCAGCAUGAAGCAGAGUCGCACCACGCUCAGCUCAAUGGAGCUCUCUUACCACAACGAUUUCUCCAAGCCACCUCCCAUGAAGACCUUCAAUAGCAGCAACACCGGCACCUACAAGAAGAGCUGCUACGGCUACAAACAGACUCACGACUGCGCCGAGCAGGUGAUCGAGGACCGCGUGAUGGAGGAGAUCCCCUGUGAAAUCUACGUGAGGGGUGGGAGCGUUGGUGGGGCUGCCGGCAGCAUCGGAAGCGGCUGCGGGAGCAUUACCAUCCGUAACCAUGGCAACGCUCGUCCCAACACCACAACCGUGGUGGACCCGGGACAGCGCUCCAUAUCUAUGGACUUCUGAGAUGGCGAGGGAGAACGAGACCACCCUGAGCGCCACCAUCGACUUUGUCCUGCAUUGGUGUUUUUAAUGCACGGGCUCCAGUGCCAUAUAGACAAGCAAUGAGUGAAUGGACUGUACACGGACAGACAGAUAAGAAGACAUGUGGCUGGCUAUUUUAAUCUAUAUAAAUUUAAAAUGGAAGAUAAACAGUAUGUAGGUUUUGUGUUGUUGCUUGACAUUAACUCACAUUUUGC